CAGUUGAAAAACCGUACCUGGUGUACAAAAUUGAUGUAUAAGUAGCAUUAUUACAAAAAUUAUCAUCCCAUCCUCAAUUCGAUCUCUGAUCUCUCCCAUACAUGGUUCCCCUCUAAAUUAAGAUGCCCUCUUAUCCAAUCCUCAACCUUCCCUUCCCAAGGUGGGUCGUUAGUAUACUGCGACGACGAAAAUCAGUUGAAACUGACGCCGGCGACGGCAAUUAUGAGGAAAACCCGGCGGCGGUGUGGACGGAGUGCUAUGCUUGCACGCAAGUGGGUGUUCCGGUUUUCCACUCCACUAGUUGCGACGACGCGCACCAGCCCGUGUGGGAAGCAUGUGCCGGUUCGUCUCUUAUUCCCAUUAGAAACAAGCCCGGUUCGUCGUCAGUACUAGUCAGCGCUCGGAACCGCCAGCUGUCUGGACCUUUCGGGCGCGUGUUGGACCCUCGCAGCAAGCGCGUGCAGCGGUGGAACCGGGCGUUCUUGUUAGCACGUGGCCUUGCCUUGGCCAUCGAUCCCCUCUUCUUCUAUGCCUUAUCCAUCGGCCGCGAGGGGUCGCCGCGCCUGCACAUGGACGCCGGUCUCGCGGCGGUCGUCACCGUCCUACGCACGUGCCUCGACGCCGUGCACAUCUGCCACCUUUGGCUGCAGUUCAGACUGGCUUACGUGUCCAGGGAGUCGCUGGUGGUCGGCUGCGGGAAACUUGUUUGGGACGCGCGCGCGAUUGCCUCCCAUUACGUUCGCUCGCUCGAUGGCUUCUGGUUCGACGCUUUUGUCAUUCUUCCAAUUCCUCAGGCAGUGUUUUGGUUGGUGGUACCAAAAUUGAUCAGAGAAGAGCAGGCGAAGCUGAUAAUAACCAUUCUUCUACUUAUCUUCUUGUUCCAAUUCCUCCCAAGAGUCUACCACAGCAUAUCCUUAAUGAGAAGAAUGCAGAAGGUCACUGGCUACAUUUUUGGCACCAUUUGGUGGGGAUUUGCCCUCAAUCUUAUUGCCUACUUCAUGGCUGCCCAUCUAGCUGGGGGAUGCUGGUAUGUACUCGCCAUUCAACGAGUUUCUGCGUGCCUUGCGCAGAAAUGUGCUGGGAAAAAAAGGGCAUGUCAUCUCCCCCUGUCCUGUUUGGAUGUUGAUGGACCAUUUGGUUAUGGAAUAUACAAAUGGGCUCUUCCUGUAGUUUCCAACCAAUCUGUUGCUGUCAAAAUUCUUUACCCCAUCUUCUGGGGACUCAUGACUCUUAGCACAUUUGGUAAUGAUUUGGAACCAACAAGCAACUGGUUGGAAGUCAUUUUCAGCAUAUGGAAUGUGCUUAGUGGUUUAAUGCUGUUCACCCUAUUGAUUGGGAACAUUCAGGUAUUUUUGCAUGCGGUGAUGGCAAAGAAGCGAAAAAUGCAACUGAGGUGCAGAGAUAUGGAGUGGUGGAUGAAGAGAAGACAACUUCCGUCAAAAUUGAGACAGAGAGUGCGCCAUUUUGAACGCCAACGAUGGUCUGCCACGGGCGGGGGUGAAGACGAGAUGGAAUUGAUUAAAGACUUGCCCGAAGGUCUUCGAAGAGACAUCAAACGCUUUUUGUGCCUUGAUCUCAUAAAGAAGGUUCCUUUUUUCCACAAUUUGGAUGAUCUCAUUCUUGACAACAUCUGCGAUCGCAUUAAGCCUCUAGUAUUCUCCAAAGACGAGAAGAUAAUAAGAGAAGGAGAUCCAGUGCAACGGAUGGUUUUCAUAGUCCGGGGCCGUGCCAAAAGUAGCCAAAAUCUUAGCAAAGGGGUGAUGGGCACAAGCAUUCUUGAGCCAGGAGGCUUCUUAGGUGAUGAACUUCUGUCAUGGUGUCUACGGCGUCCCUUCAUCGACCGGCUUCCGGCGUCUUCUGCGACAUUCACCUGCAUUGACCCCAUAGAAGCCUUUGGGCUGGACGCGGACCACAUUCGCUUCAUCACCGACCACUUCAGGUAUAAUUUUGCAAACGAGAGGCUCAAGUGGACCGUACGGUAUUAUUCUGCCAACUGGAGGACAUGGGCGUCCGUUAACAUUCAGUUGGCAUGGAGACGCUACAGGAUGAGGAGGACAGGUCAGGUAGUGAAUGUGACGGCGCCCGUUGGAGACCAUGGCGGCGACCACCGCCUUAGACAGUACGCCGCAAUGUUCUUGUCAAUCAGACCGCACGAUCACCUUGACUAGUAUCACAUGUACAAAAUCAAAACUUCAUUCAAUUUCUUCGAUUCUUUUAUUUUACUCAUUUAAUAAAAUAGUAUAAUAAUAUCAUCUCUGGUUCUGUGGAACUUUUAUUGUACUUUUUUAAUACUCCUAUGUAAUUUUAUUUUUUAAUUCCGAUCCAAUUCUCAAAUAGAUUUUAUUGAAAGCAAAUUUACUCAAAGACCGUAAAUCGAAACAGACAAUCUAAAUUGGGACCAACGGAGUAUUACUCGUAGUAAAAUGAACUUAUUACUGUUAA